AUGGAGAAGAAUAUGGGCCACUGGUCAUAUCCUUUGGCCCCUGCUUCUGGCCUCGUCUUCCUGCUUGUUCAGCUUUUGGGCAACAUCUGUGAUGGCCUUCAAGGGACCUUACCACUGGGCUUCCACUUCACACAUUCCAUUUACAACACCACGGUGUACGAAAACUCAGCAGCACGGACUUACUUGAACAGCCAAAGCAGAAUGGGCAUUGCGAUGGCUGACUUUUCUUGGGACAUCAAAUAUAGGAUUGUGUCGGGCGAUGAUGAAGGUUUCUUCAAAGCAGAGGAAGUGGCCAUAGCUGAUUUUUGUUUCCUUAGGAUAAGAACUAAAGGGGGGAAUUCCGCCAUACUGAAUCGAGAAAUCCAGGACAAUUAUUUAUUGGUAAUCAAAGGUUCCGUCCGGGGAGAAGACUUGGAAGCUUGGACGAAAGUCAACAUACAGGUUUUGGACAUGAAUGAUUUGCGGCCUUUAUUUUCACCCACCACCUAUUCUGUAACGAUACCUGAAAGCACACCUUUGAGGACUAGUAUUGCGCAGGUCACCGCAACAGACGCUGACAUUGGUUCGAAUGGCGAAUUCUAUUACUACUUUAAAAAUAAAGUUGAUCUGUUCUCAGUCCAUCCCACCAGUGGAGUUAUCUCCUUAAGCGGCAGGCUAAACUAUGAUGAGAAAAACCGCUAUGACCUUGAAGUUCUGGCUGUGGACCGAGGGAUGAAGCUGUAUGGUAACAACGGAGUCAGCAGCACCGCCAAACUUUACAUUCAUAUUGAGCGUAUAAAUGAGCACGCCCCAACUAUUAGUGUAGUGACCCAUAUCCCCUUCCCUUUGGAUAAGGAGUCUACGUAUGCUGUAGUUAAUGUUGAUGAUCUUGAUGAAGGGGCCAACGGUGAAAUUGAAUCUGUUUCUAUUGUUGCUGGAGAUCCCUUGGAAUAUUUUCAGUUGGUCAAGGAGGGGAGAUGGUUGAAUGAGUACAAAAUCAAAGAAAGAAAGACCCUUGAUUGGGACGCUUUCCCAUAUGGUUACAAUCUCACUUUGCAAGCCAAAGACAAGGGGUCUCCUCAAAAGUUCUCCGCUAUGAAACUGGUCCAUAUUGCCAGCCCUAAGAAAGAGAGCAACAACAAAUUUUCAACAAAAUUUGAAAAAGAAAGUUACGAUGUAGCAAUCAGCGAAUUCUCUCCCCCUGGAGUAGUGGUUGCCAUCGUUAAAUUAACCCCAGAAACCCAGGGAGAAGAAUACAAAUUAACCCUUAGUGAAGACGCACAAUAUUUUAAGAUAAAUCCCAGAACUGGGCUGCUUACCACAGCCCUUCCUUUAAAAAUUGUCGACAAGGAAUUGUAUGAUUUGGAAGUCACAAAUAAAGAAGGGGACUUAAAAGCACCGGUGGCUGUGAGAAUUGAAGAUGCCAAUGAUCAUAUUCCAGAGUUCACCCAGCCUUCAUACAGCUCCUAUAUCAACGAAAGCGUUCCCGUGGGGACUAAUAUUCUAUCGAUUUCUGCCUUUGACAAAGAUCGCGGGGAAAAUGGCUACAUCACCUACAGCAUCGCUAGUUUAAAUUCACUCCCCUUUUCCAUCAACCAGUUCACUGGAGUUAUUAGCACGUCUGAAGAACUGGAUUUUGAGUCCUCCCCGGAGAGUUACCGCUUUAUUGUGAGGGCUUCGGAUUGGGGCUCCCCUUACCGCCAUGAAAGUGAGGUCAACGUCACCAUUGUCAUAGGCAACGUGAAUGACAACAAGCCACUCUUUGAGAAGGUUGCUUGUCAAGGAGUCAUCUCAUCAGAUUUUCCCGUCGGUGGGCACAUCACAGCUGUCUCCGCGAUAGAUAUCGACGAGCUGGAGCUGGUGAAAUACAAAAUCAUUUCAGGUAACGAAUUGGGUUUUUUUUACCUGAAUCCAGACUCGGGAGUUCUACAACUUAAAAAGUCUCUUGCUGGUGCUGGCAUCAAGGCCAGUAAUUUUGGACUUCGGAUAACAGCAACCGACGGGGAAUAUUUUGCGGACGCUAUGUUUGUCAACAUUUCAGUAGUUCAUGGAAAGGUCUCUUCCAAGACCUUUAGCUGCAGAGAGACCAGGGUGGCUCAGAGGCUGGCGGAGAAGCUGCUGAAAAAGGCCAAAGCCAACGUCAAACUUAAUUCAGAAGAUGGCUUUCUUGAUUUUUAUUCUGUGAACAGGCAGGCUCCGCAUUUUGAUAAAUCCUUUCCCUCAGACCUGUCAGUCAGAGAAGAUCUCCCUGUUGGUGCUACCAUACAUCGAAUCAGGGCCUACGAUGCUGAUUCUGGAUUUAAUGGGAAGGUCCUGUACACCAUAUCAUCUGGUAACACUGACAGCUGUUUCAACCUCGAAAUGGAGACGGGUCUGCUGAAGGUCCUUAUGGCGCUGGAUCGCGAGAAGACAGAACUGUACCUUCUUAAUAUUACCAUUUACGACCUGGGCAACCCCCAGAAAGCCACGUGGAGAUUACUGACUGUCACCGUUGAAGAUGCCAACGAUAACAAGCCUGUGUUUUUGCAGGAAAGUUACACCGUUAAUAUUUUGGAAAGUACAAGUAUCGGUGUCGAGAUUAUCCAGGUGGAGGCCAGGGACCGAGAUCUGGGAGUAAACGGAGAAGUGGUUUACUCUAUCUUGACCGACACACGCCAAUUUGUAAUCAAUAGCUCCACGGGGAUCAUUUAUGUGGGGGAUCAUUUGGAUAGGGAAGCUAAGGCUAAUUUCACCUUAAAGAUAGAAGCAAGAGACAGAGCAGAAAACGGGCACCAACAGUUUUCUGUGGUUCCCUUAAAAGUGUUUUUGGAUGAUGUCAAUGAUUGUGCUCCAGUUUUCAUCCCGCCCAGCUAUAGCGUGAAAGUCUUGGAAGAUUUACCAAUCGGUACCGUCAUUGCUUGGCUUGAAACCCAAGAUCCGGAUAAGGGUCUCGGGGGACAAGUGCGUUACUCUUUGGUGAACGAUUACAACGGGAGAUUUGAAAUAGACAAGUCUAGCGGUGCCAUCCGGCUGAGCAAAGAACUCGAUUACGAGAAGCAGCAGUUCUACAAUUUGACCGUGCGAGCGAAGGAUAAGGGGCGCCCCGUUUCCUUAUCCUCGGUGUCCUUUGUGGAAAUCGAAGUGGUGGAUGUGAAUGAAAAUCUCUACACACCUUAUUUUUCUGACUUUGUGGUCAUUGGCUCCGUGAAGGAAAACUCCCGGAUCGGCACAAGCGUUUUGCAAGUCAGUGCGAGGGAUGACGACACCGGCAGAGAUGGCGAGAUCCAGUAUUCCAUCCGCGACGGCAGUGGACUCGGACGUUUUAACAUAGAUGAAGAAACGGGAGUUAUAUACACAGGCGAUAUCCUUGAUCGAGAGACUACUCAGUCCUAUUGGCUAACUGUGUAUGCUGCAGACCGUGGAGUUGUUCCCCUUUAUACCACCAUUGAGGUCUACAUCGAAGUGGAAGAUGUAAAUGACAAUGCUCCCUUAACUUCUGAACCCAUUUAUUAUCCGUCUGUUUUGGAAAAUUCCCCGAAGGAUGUUUCAGUCAUUCAGAUACAGGCACAAGAUCCCGAUUCCAGCACCACUGAAAAGAUGACGUACAGGAUUACAAGUGGAAACCCCCAAAACUUUUUUGCCAUCAAUACCAAAACCGGGCUUAUAACCACAACUUCAAGAAAGCUAGAUCGUGAACAACAAGCAGAACAUUUUCUCGAGGUCACAGUAACGGAUGGAGGGGUCUCUCCCAAGCAGUCUACGGUAUGGCUAGUGGUGCAGGUUUUGGAUGAAAACGAUAACAAGCCUCAGUUCCCAGAGAAAGUCUAUCAGGUCAAGUUGCCCGAAAGGGACCGGAAGAAGAGAGGGGAGCCCAUAUACCGAGCCUUUGCCUUCGACAAGGACGAAGGCCCCAAUGCCGAGAUUUCCUACAGCAUUGUGGAUGGAAACGAAGACGCCAAGUUCUUCAUUGACCCCAAGACUGGGAUGGUUUCUUCACGAAAGCAGUUCACUGCGGGGAGCUACGACAUCUUAACCAUCAAAGCAGUUGACAACGGCCGGCCCCAGAAGUCUUCUACAGCACGCCUCCACAUUGAAUGGAUUAAGAAACCACCUCCAUCCCUCAUUCCUCUGACUUUCGAUGAGCCCUUCUAUAACUUCACCAUCAUGGAAAGCGACCGAGUGACGGAAAUUGUCGGCGUGGUCUCCGUGCAGCCGGCUAACAUCCCCUUGUGGUUUGACAUCGUCGGUGGCAAGCAUGCCCGGGAGAUGUUCUAUACCCUACAGACAGCUUGUGGGCAGAACUGCUCAACCGAAGGGGGGAAUUUCGAGAGCUCUUUCGAAGCGGACAAAGGUGUGGGGACGAUUGUCAUCGCAAAACCCUUGGAUGCAGAGCAGAGGUCGAUGUACAACAUGACAGUGGAAGUCACCGAUGGAACCAAUGUAGCCAGCACUCAGGUAUUAAUCAAAGUUUUGGACAACAACGACAACGGUCCAGAAUUUUCCCACCCAAACUACGAUGUGAUGAUUUCUGAGGACAUCAUGCCUGACACUGAGAUCCUUCAAGUAGAAGCCAUGGACAGAGAUGAGAAGCACAAGCUCAGCUACAUCAUUCACAGCAGCCUCGAUUCCAUCAGCAUGAGAAAAUUCAGGAUGGAUCCCAACACCGGCGUGCUCUACACCGCUGAGCGCUUAGAUCACGAAGCUCAAGAUAAGCACAUCCUCAACAUAAUGGUUCGAGACCAGGAGUUUCCCUACCGGCGUAACUUGGCGAGGAUCAUUGUAAACGUGGAGGAUUCCAACGAUCACAGUCCUUACUUCACCAGUCCUCUGUACGAAGCCUCUGUCUUUGAAUCGGCUGCCGUUGGAUCUGCAGUUUUGCAGGUCACUGCCCUGGACAAAGAUAAAGGAGAGAACGCAGAGCUGAUGUACACUAUAGAAGCAGGGAAUACCGGAAACACGUUCAGGAUUGAACCAAUUCUAGGCAUCAUUACCGUGCUGAAAGAACCAGACCUGACCACCAUGAACCAGUUUGUGCUAUCAGUUAAAGCGUCCGACCAGGGUUCUCCCCCGUUGUCAGCUACUGCCAUUGUCCGCAUAUCUGUGACGAUGUCGGACAACUCCCACCCCAAAUUCACGCACAAGGAAUGGCAAGCUGAAAUCAAUGAAAAUGUUGAUUUUGGGACUUCGGUUAUCCAAGUCUCGGCGAUCAGUCAGUCUACAUUAGUGUAUGAAGUCAAAGAUGGCAACGUAGAUGGAGCCUUCGUGAUCAACCCUUAUUCUGGAGUCAUCACGAGCCAGAAGUCUCUUGAUUAUGAACACACUUCCUCUUACCAGCUCACAGUGCAAGCCACAAACAUGGCAGGGAUGGCAUCAAAUGCCACGGUAAACAUCCAGAUAGUGGAUGAAAAUGACAACCCACCUGUUUUUCUUUUUUCUCAGUACUUGGGCAGCAUCAGUGAAGCCGCACCUGUCAAUAGCAUUGUCCGGAGUGUGGGAAACAAUCCACUUGUAAUACGAGCCACGGAUGCUGAUAGUAAUCAAAACGCACUGCUCGUCUACCAGAUUGUUGAGUCAACCGCCAAGAAUUAUUUUACGGUAGACUCUAGUACUGGUGCAAUUAGAACGAUUGCUGAUUUGGAUCACGAAACCAUUGCUCAUUUCUACUUCCACGUUCAUGUUCGAGAUAGUGGCAAUCCGCAGCUUACUGCAGAAAGUCCUGUGGAAGUUACCAUUGAUGUAACGGAUGUCAACGAUAAUCCUCCAGUGUUCAGCCAGGCAAUGUUUGAAACCAUCUUGCUUCUACCGACUUACGUGGGAGUGGAGGUUCUACAAGUCAAGGCCGUGGACCCAGAUUUAGAAGUCCCGUCUGAACUGACUUACAGCCUGAUUGAAGGGAACACAGAAUAUUUUCUCGUUGAUUCAAUUUCUGGGGUGUUAACCAUAAAAAACAACAGCCUUUCCAAAGACCAUUACAUGCUGAUUGUGAAAGUAUCAGAUGGGAAAUUUUACAGUAGUGCUAUUGUGACAAUAAUGGUCAAGGAAGCCAUGGACAGCGGUCUUCACUUCACUCAGAGCCAUUAUUCUACAUCAAUCUUGGAGAACAGUACCAACGUCACCAAGGUAGCAGUGGUCAGUGCGAUUGGAAACCGUCUGAACGAGCCCUUGAAGUAUAGCAUAUUAAACCCAGGGAACAAAUUCAAGAUCAAACCCACUUUAGGCCUUAUUCAAACUGUUGGCCUCCCGUUUGACAGAGAAGAACAGGAAUUAUAUGAAUUGGUGGUGGAGGCUAGUCGUGAGCUGGACCAUCUACGGGUAGCCAGAGUGGUUGUCCGAGUUCUCAUUGAAGACAUCAACGACAAUGCUCCGGUAUUUGUUGGUCUUCCAUACUAUGCUGCUGUUCAAGUUGAGGCUGAUCCUGGCACUCUGAUAUAUCGAGUGAGGGCCAUUGAUAAAGACAAGGGUGCAAAUGGGGAUGUGUCUUACCUAUUGAAGGAGGACUAUGGCCACUUUGAAAUCGACCCUCACAGUGGGAGCAUCACUUUGAAAGCGCCCUUUAACUCCGACUUAUCCAAUAUAGAAUAUUUAAUUAUUGUCAUAGCUAAAGACGGAGGGGACCCGUCACUGUCUGCUUCUGUCGAACUGCCCAUCACCAUUGUUAAUAAGGCCAUGCCCAUCUUUGACAAGCCCUUCUACACAGCCUCUGUCAAUGAAGACAUAGACAUGAACACCCCGAUCCUGAGCAUCAAUGCUACCAGCCCAGAAGGUCAAGGUAUCAUUUACAUCAUAGUAGACGGGGACCCUUAUAAUCAGUUCAACAUUGACUUUGACACAGGAGUCCUCAGUGUCAUCAGUCCAUUAGACUAUGAACUCAAUCCCAUUUUCAAGUUGACGGUGAGAGCCAGUGAUGCUCUUACUGGAGCCCGAGCUGAAGUUACGGUGGACUUGAUUAUCAAGGAUGUCAAUGACAAUGCCCCAGUUUUUGACCACUUUGCUUAUAACGCCACCUUAACUGAAGCCUCCUUGAUUGGGACUCCUGUCAUGCAGGUCAUUGCUACCGAUGCCGAUUCCGACAAUAACAAAAUCAUUCAGUACCAGAUAGUCCAGGACACUUUCAACAGCACGGAUUAUUUUCACAUCGAUGGGACAAGCGGACUGAUCCUAACUGCCCGCUUGUUGGACCAUGAACUGAUGCAGCAGUGCAGCUUAAAAGUACGGGCCACUGAUAAUGGAUUCCCACCUCUAAGCAGUGAAGUUCUAGUAAAUAUCUAUGUGACAGAUAUGAAUGACAACCCUCCUAUUUUUAAUCAGUUGAUCUAUGAAUCUUACGUCAGUGAAUUAGCUCCUCGGGGUCAUUUUGUGACUUGCGUCCAAGCUUCCGAUGCAGACAGCUCUGAUUUUGACCGAUUGGAAUACAGUAUCUUGUCUGGAAAUGACCGUACCAGUUUUGUGAUGGAUACCAAGAGUGGCAUCAUCACACUGUCAAAUCAUCGGAAGCAGAGAAUGGAGUCAAUGUACAGCUUGAACGUUUCGGUUUCUGAUGGUUUGUUUACCAACACUGCUCAAGUCCAUAUCAGGAUUCUUGGUGCUAAUUUGUACAGCCCCGUAUUCACACAAAGUAUUUAUGUGGCAGAAGUCAGAGAAAACGCUGUCCCGGGAACUAGAGUGAUCCACGUAAAAGCAACCGAUGGAGAUUCGGGCGUCUAUGGUCAGAUAAGUUACUCCAUCAUCAACGAUUUUGCCAAAGACAGAUUUGUCAUUGACAACAAAGGGCAGAUCCUCACCACGGAGAAACUCGAUAGGGAGGUCCCUUUAGAAGGUGACAUCACCAUAUUUUUAAGAGCUCUCGAUGGUGGAGGGAGGAGCACGUUCUGCACGGUCCGAGUCAUAGUGGUGGAUGAGAACGACAACGCCCCACAGUUCAUGACUGUGGAAUAUAGAGCAAGCGUCAAAGCAGAUGUUGGGAAAGGCCACUUAGUCACCCAGGUCCAAGCUCUUGAUCCUGAUGAUGGAGCCAAUGCUAGGAUUGUCUACUCCCUGUAUAGUGAAGCCUCUGUUUCUGUUGCGGAUCUCCUAGAAAUUGACCCAGACAAUGGAUGGAUGGUAACCAAGGGGAAUUUCAACCAGCUGAAAAAUACGGUGCUAUCUUUUUUUGUCAAAGCCGUUGACGGUGGCAUUCCUGUGCGACAUUCCCUUAUCCCUGUAUACAUACACGUUUUACCUCCAGAAACCAUCUUGCCUUCAUUUUCUCAACCUCAGUAUUCCUUUACAGUAUCAGAAGAUGCCCUCAUAGGGAGCACAAUUGAUGCUCUCCACGUUUUGCCAAACCAAGGCGUCGCCUACAGCACAGUCAACGGCGAUUUGACCGGAAACAACAAGGAUGGAGUUUUUAUUAUAGAGCAAGACACUGGCAUUAUAAAACUGGACAAGAGGCUGGAUCAUGAGGCAGAUCCCGCCUUUCAUUUUAAAGUGGCUGCAACCUUACAGCUUGAUAAGGUGGACAUUGUGGUCACCGUGGAUGUGGACAUUAAAGUUCUAGACAUCAACGACAACAAGCCUAUUUUUGAGGCAGCCAAGUAUGACACGAUCGUAAUGGAGGGAAUGCCAAUAGGGACUAAACUUGUACAAGUCAAAGCAACCGACGCAGAUUCAGGAGCCAACGGUCAAGUCACCUAUUCUCUCUUAACAGAAUUAGAUAUUGACCGGAUCUCGGAAGUGUUCACUAUUGACGGCAACAGUGGCUGGAUCAGCACCUUAAAAGAUUUAGACCAUGAGACGGAUCCUACUUUUGCCUUCACGGUGGUUUCUUCUGACUUGGGAGAAGCCCUGUCCCUCUCCUCAACCACCUUAAUCUCCGUCACUGUGACUGACAUCAACGACAAUGCUCCUGUAUUCCAGCAGGAGAUGUACAGGGGGUCUGUGAAAGAGAGCGACCCACCGGGAGAAGUUGUGGCUGUCCUUAGCACUUGGGAUGAAGAUACCUCUGACAUCAACCACCAAAUCAGCUACCAUAUUACAGGAGGAAACCCCAAAGGGAAGUUUGCUCUUGGCCUGGUUCAGAAUGAAUGGAAGGUGUAUGUCAAGAGGCCUCUGGAUCGAGAAGAACAGGAUGUCUACCUGCUGAACAUUACAGCCACUGAUGGACUGUUCGUCACCCAGAGUGCGGUGGAAGUGACCGUCACCGAUGUGAAUGACAACAGCCCAGUCUGCGAUCAGGUUACAUAUAUGGCAAUAUUUCCCGAGGACAUUCCCCCCAACAAAAUCAUCCUCAAAAUGGGCGCACAAGAUGUAGACAUUGGAUCCAAUGGUGAAAUUCACUAUUCUUUAUACGGCUCAGGAAACGGCAAGUUUCUUUUGGAUCCUGAAAACGGGGAGCUCAAAACCUUAGCUCUGUUGGACCGUGAAAAGACCCCUGUCUACAAUCUGAUCGCCCGGGCAACUGAUGGGGGAGGGAAGUUCUGUCAAUCAAAACUCCAUCUAAUCUUGGAAGAUGUCAAUGAUAAUCCUCCACUGUUUUCUUCUGACCACUACACUGCCUGUGUCUAUGAGAACACCGCCACCAAAGCCUUGUUGACUAGAGUUCAAGCCAAUGACCCUGAUGUAGGGGUAAACCGAAAGAUUGUGUAUUCCCUGGCCGAUUCUCCAGAAGGUUUCUUCUCGGUGGACAUGUCCUCAGGCAUCAUCAUUCUGGAACAUCCUCUGGACCGGGAACUUCAGUCUUCCUAUAAUGUCACCAUUACUUCCGAUCAGGGCAUCGUGCAGACGCUGUCCUCCUUUGCCACCGUUACAAUCACCGUCCUGGACAUUAAUGACAACCCCCCUGUCUUUGAGAGGAGAGACUACCUGGUUGAGGUGCCCGAGGACACCUCCCCGAAUGCCGAGAUACUUUUUGUGUUUGCGACCAGCAAAGACAUUGGUACAAACGCAGAGAUCACCUACCUCAUCAGAUCGGGUAACGAAAAAGGAAAAUUCCAGAUCGAUUCUAAAACAGGGUCCAUAUCUGUAAUUGAAGCUUUGGACUAUGAAAUGUGUAAGGACUACUUCCUGGUCAUUGAAGCUAAAGGGGGUAGCCCAGCUCUGAGUGCUGUGACAACAGUGAAUAUAAAUGUGACAGACAUUAAUGAUACACCACGAUUUAGCCAAGAUGUCUAUAGUGCAGUCAUCAGUGAAGACGCAGCAGUGGGAACUCAUUACACUCGGUGCCAAAAGUUGAUAGCCGAAGACGUGGACAGUCCUCCCAACGGACUGAUUUCUUUCUCCAUUAUCAGCGGAGAUCAAAACAAUGAAUUUUCAAUUGAUCCUGGCUUGGGACUGAUUAAAGUUAAAAAGAGAUUGGACCGAGAACGGGUUUCAGGAUAUUCAUUAGUCGUGCAGGCUCGAGACAGUGGUAACCCUUCUUUGACAGCCACGGUGACGGUCAACGUUGACAUUUCCGAUGUGAACGAUAACAGUCCUGUGUUUACACCUGCCAAUUAUACAGCCGUGAUCCAGGAAAACAAGCCAGUAGGAACCAGUAUUCUGCAAUUGGUGGUAACGGAUAAAGACUCCCUGCACAAUGGCCCGCCUUUCACCUUCGCCCUCCUGGCUGGAAACGAAGAGAAAGAAUUCAUGCUUGACCAGCAAGGCAUCCUGCGAUCCGCUGUCAUUUUCAAGCGCCUGGUAGCCACUGAAUAUGUGCUGUGCAUUCAGGCCAAGGAUUCAGGGAAGCCUCAGCAGGUUUCCCAUACCUUCAUUCAGAUCCGGGUGAUCGAAGAGAGCAUCCACAAACCCACAGCCAUUCCCCUGGAGAUUUUUAUCGUGACUAUGGAAGACGACUUCCCGGGAGGUGUCAUCGGAAAGAUCCAUGCGACAGACCAAGAUGUCUACGAUGUCCUCACCUACGGCCUGAAGUCAGAGCAGAAAAGUUUGUUCAAGGUCAACAACCACGACGGGAAGAUCAUUGCCCUCGGAGGGUUGGACAGCGGGAAGUAUAUCCUGAAUGUAUCUGUCAGCGAUGGGCGGUUCCAGGUCCCCAUGGACGUGACGGUCAACGUCGAGCAGUUGGCCCAGGAGAUGUUGCAGAACACCGUCACUAUCCGCUUUGAGAACAUCUCCCCGGAGGAUUUUGUGGGUCUUCACAUGCACGGCUUCAGGCGCACCCUACGCAAUGCCGUCCUCACCCAAAAGCAGGAUAGCCUGCACAUCAUCAGUAUUCAGCCCGUAGCCGGUAGCAAUCAGCUCGACAUGCUGUUCGCCGUCCAGAUGCACGCCGGCGGCUUCUACAAGCCAGCCUACUUGAUUCAGAAGCUCACCAAUGCAAGGCGACACUUGGAAAAUGUGAUUCGCAUCGCUGCCAUCCUUGAGAAGAAUUGCUCCGGGCUGGAUUGUCAGGAGCAGCAUUGCGAGCAAAAUCUGUCUAUCGAUUCCCAUUCCCUGAUGACCUACAGCACCGCCCGGAUUAGUUUCGUCUGUCCCCGGUUCUACCGAAACGUCCGGUGUUCUUGCAAUGGAGGAUUGUGUCCAGGCUCUAACGAUCCUUGCACAGAGAAGCCUUGCCCAGGAGAUAUGCAGUGUGUAGGCUACGAAAUCAACCAGAGACUCUUCAUCUGUCAGUGUCCACCUGGAAAACUUGGAGAAUGCUCAGGACACACCUCCCUAAGCUUUGCUGGGAAUAGUUACAUCAAAUACCGGGUUUCUGAAAAUAGCAAGAACGAAGAAUUCAAAUUGGGUCUCCGUCUGAGGACUCUGCAAAGCAAUGGAAUUAUCAUGUACACCAGAGCAAAUCCCUGUAUAAUUCUGAAGGUCGUGGACGGAAAACUGUGGUUCCAGUUGGACUGUGGUGCUGGCCCAGGCAUCCUGGGAAUUUCAGGCAGGACUGUGAACGAUGGGAGCUGGCAUUCCGUCUUCCUGGAAUUGAACCGGAACUUCACCAGCCUCUCGCUCGACGAUAGCUACGUGGAGAGGCGCAAAGCUCCCCUUUACUUCCAGACCCUGAGCACUGAUAGCUCUGUUUAUUUCGGAGCCCAGGUUCAGGUGGACAAUGUCCGAAGCUUAACAGACAAGAGGUCCACCCAGGUUUUGAGCGGCUUCCAAGGCUGUUUGGAUUCCAUCAUCCUCAACAACAACGAGCUGCCUCUCCAGAACAAACGCAGCAGCUUUGCGGAGGUGGUGGGACUAACCGAACUCAAGCUUGGCUGUGUGCUGUAUCCUGACCCCUGCGAGCGUAACCCUUGUCAGAACGGAGGAACCUGUAUCAGUGUGCCGUCUGGAGGUUACCAGUGCAGUUGCCUUUCUCAGUUCACUGGGCGAAACUGUGAAUCGGAGAUCACCGCCUGCUUUCCAAAUCCUUGCCACCACGGAGGAUCCUGUGAUCCCAUAGGCAGUGCCUUCAUUUGCACCUGCAAAAGUGGAUUAACUGGAGUGACAUGCGAUGAAGACAUCAACGAAUGCGAAAGAGAGGAGUGUGAGAACGGGGGCUCUUGCGUCAACGUAUUCGGUUCCUUUCUGUGUAACUGCACCCCCGGGUUCGUGGGCCAGCAUUGUGGACUAAGACCCGUGGUGGUUCCUAAUAUCCAAGCUGGCCAUUCUUACGUGGGCAAGGAGGAAUUGAUAGGCAUCGCCGUUGUCCUUUUCAUCAUCUUUCUGUUGGUCGUCCUCUUCAUUGUCUUCCGCAAGAAAGUUUUCCGCAAGAAUUAUUCUCGCAACAACAUUACUUUGGUCCAAGACCCAGCCACGGCUGCUCUGCUCCACAAAAGCAACGGCAUCCAGUUCAAGAAUAUAAGGACCAGCGGCGACAGCCGCAACAUCUAUCAAGAAGUUGGACCUCCUCAAGUCCCCGUGAGGCCGAUGGCCUACACACCUUGCUUCCAGAGUGAGUCUAGGAACAAUUUGGACAAGAUAGUUGACGGGCAUGGGGUGGAACAUCAAGAGAUGACAACCUUCCAUCCGGAAUCCCCCCGGAUCCUGACAGCAAGGAGGGGUGUGGUAGUCUGCAGUGUGGCCCCCAACUUACCCGCUGUAUCUCCAUGCCGUUCUGAUUGUGACUCCAUCAGGAAGACCUGGGAAAACGGCAAUGAAAGCAAAGAACUUGACGAUAUGGAAGAAGUAACCUGUUUGUCGGGAAGCAAUAAAGGCAGCAAUUCAGAAGUUCAGUCCCUCAGCUCCUACCAGUCGGAUUCCGGUGAUGAUAAUGCUUCCAUUGUGACUGUCAUACAACUUGUCAACAAUGUAGUUGACACAAUAGAAAACGAAGUUUCUGGUAUGGAUGAAGGACAGAACUGCAACAGAGCUUAUCACUGGGACACUUCUGACUGGAUGCCGAGCGCGCGUUUAUCUGACAUUGAGGAGGUGCCCCACUACGAGGCGGCCGAUGGCAGCACAGCUCACCACGGCAGCACCAGGGAGCUGGAGACGGAUUACUACCUUGGUGGUUACGAUAUUGAUAGUGACUACCCUCCACCGCAUGAGGAGGAGUUUUUAAACCAAGAUCAAUUGCCCCCUCCCCUCCCAGAGGAUUACCCAGACCACUAUGAAGCCCUCCCGCCCUCCCAGCCAAUCUCCAUGGCCAGCACACUGAGCCCAGAUUGCCAGAGGCGGCCGCAGUUUCACCCGAGCCAAUACCUCCCUCCUCACCAGUUCCCCAACGAGAUGGACAACGGUGGGUCUCAGACUGGGAACGAAUUUAGUACUUUUGGCGUUGGCCCGGGACCAAAUACAGGCAACAGCAUGGCCAAGAAACCCUUGGCUUUACACAAUUCUCUGGACGCAUCCUCGUCCGAUGUUUCAAUGGGGUGUGGUUUUGAUGAUUCUGAGAUUGCCAUGAGUGACUAUGAAAGCAUCGAGGACUUCUCUCUGGAUCACCAUCAGAUUCACAUUCCUUUUGUGGAGAUCCAUCAGCAGACUCAAGUGUGAAGGAGCUCUUUUCAUUGGACUUUGUUGCUGUCAUUUGGGUCCCGUUCAUAGCCUAACUCAACAACUCUUCUCUUUUUGCGUCAUAAGUGUUCUACAUCGGGGACGGGGUUGAGAUCCAACCAUUUUCAGCCCGCCAAGGAGAUGGAUGUGGUGCAUGCACAUAACAGGGUGAAAACUGCAGGUUGUCUCGGAAAACCCAAGGUCAUCCAUUCAUUAGUCUUUGGAGUUAGCAUUACCCGCUUGUUGCCAAAAGAAAGAUGACCUGGCGGAAAAAUGGUUUGAUGGCAGACUGAGCCUUCCCCUUUGCAGCCUUGCGUUCUAAACCAUUUUAAACCCUGGACCAGUUAAAUCAAUAAAGGAAAGGAUAGCUGGUAAUUUCCCUCCCUAAAACCUUUUUAAAUCAGUUCGUUCAGAGUUCAUUAAAUGUCAUAUUUCUACAUUGCCUCUUAUGUUGGCUGAUUGCGUUGAAGGCACUCACUCAUCAACACAGCGUUAAGCCAAUCUUCCUCAGCUUGAUACUUUUCCCGAGAGUAUUAAGCAACACUUCCCAUAAUUGCUAAUCGGCAUGCUUCUCGAUCAUUCAGUCUACGGAUAAUGGGAGUUGUAGUCCAAGACACCAAGAGGACGUCCAAUCAGGAGUGGUUCCAACUCGUGCUUAUUGCUCUAACACUAAAAGAAACAGGGAAUUUAAGAGUUAAUUUGGCCAUCAUGAUGAGUCAAGUGGUGGGUAUUAACAUGCCCCCUUAAUCCAACAAUGUAUGCCACUGAGCCAUCAGCACUGGCUCUUGUAUAAACAGCGGACUGUCAACCUGGAAUUUAACACCUGGCUGACCUUGAUUCAGGGUUAAUGCUGCAGCCUUGAGUGGGUCAGGAGUAGAAAAAUGGAAUGGCCCUGAUGGAUGCGUUGGUUGCUUAUUUAUUUAUUUAUUCGUUGGGUUCCCUGUCCUCUUCUGACCCUCGAUUCUUAGGACACAUCAACAGCAAUGUGGGGUUUUUUCCCCCAUUCAUCUUUAAAUGCCAUUUACCCUAUAGUUCAGUGGUGAAAUUCACAUUUUUUUUACUACC